AGUAUCUUGAGUAUUAAGCCGUACUACAUUAUUACCUCGAUUCUUCCGACCAUGGGUGCAUCAUGUUGCGCGAAACCAACUGGGGGCGACCAGUCUCCUCCGUCAUCGCUCCACGAACACGGACACGACCAUAGCGACCAUGAGCAUAAUACUCACGAUCACGACUCUCAUACACACGAUAACCAAGAGCACAAUACUCACCAGCACGGUGGAUGCUGUGACGACACCCCGUCCGACGACGGCCACGGCCACGGAGGAUGUUGCGGCGACUCCCACUCGGAUGCCUCGAGCAUUAUGUCGGAAGCCUCAACUUGUUGCGGAAGCGAGGAACGCUGCGACGAAAAGUGCAUCGAAGCCGUCGCAGCAUUCGAGUGCGGAAAGGUCUGCCACGACGACCCAGGCCAUGAGAAAUCCCUGGAACAUCCCCACGAGCACGAACACGGCGACCACCAAGCCGGAUCUGCCUGCGACACUCACCUCCAAGCCGCCUUCGACCAGUACAGCAGCUACCUCGAACAGCUUCGCUGCAUCUGCCGCAGCGUCAUCGACCAAGGCGCGGCCUCGCUCGAAACCUGCUGCAUGGGCAACCAGUCGAACGCAGAAAAAGCGAAGAAGAAACACUCGGGACACAAGCAUGCUGAGCAGAAGGGAAAGCCGAGACGGGCUGCGAUACCAACCUUUGUGCCAUCUGGGAGUAACGCCAGUGAGGGCGUCAAGGGUCCUGAUCCUGAAAAGUCCAGCGAUGUAGAGACCGUCGGCUUUCUGGUCAGCGGCAUGGACUGCACCAGCUGCGUCGACAAGCUGAUGCGCGUAUUUGGCACAAUGAUCGGUGUGAGCCAGCCUCAAGUUAACUUCGUCAUCGGCAAGGGCGAGGUCAACAUCGACACGUCCAUCACGAGCGCCGACGAGGUCCUCCGCUUCGUGUCGACGGCCAGCGGCUUCUCGCUCAGCAAAAUCAUCGGCGGCGACUUCUUCCUGGAUAUCAUGGCCUCGCCUGCUGAAGGGAAGCGGCUUGCUGCUGAGCCGCCUCGCGGUGUGACGGAUGUCCAGCCGCUCGACAAGAAGAACGUGCGUCUUGCCUAUGACCCCAACAUUGUUGGAGCCCGCGAUCUCUUCGCAAUGGUCGAAGAUCGCUGCGAUGGGCUGUCCCAGCCGCGUGGUGACCCCCAGCUUGAGAAUAGUCGCCGUCGUCUCUGGGACCAGCUCAUCAAGACCGCCCUGGCUGCCGCCCUCACCAUCCCCGUUGCAGUGCUCGCGUGGGGAGACAAUCUCGCAAACAGGAAGACGGGAGGCAUCAUCUCUCUACUCUUUGCGACUCUUGUCCAGUGCAUUGCCAUACCCGAGUUCUACCGCCCAGCGCUGUCCGCGCUUUGGUACAGCCGCGCUGUCGAGAUGGACAUGCUCGUGGUCAUGAGCAUCACGGCAGCCUACGUCUACUCCGUCAUCGCCUUCAGCUUCGACAUGGCAGGGAAGCCGCUGGACGAAAAGCAGUUCUUCGAGACGAGCACCAUGCUCAUCACCCUGAUCCUCGCCGGCCGCCUCAUCGCCGCCUUCGCCCGUGUUCAGGCCGUUGCCGCCGUGUCGCUGCGGUCGAAGCAGAACAACACCGCCGUGCUCGUCUGCAAGGAUGGCGACCGCGACAUCGAUGCUCGUCUGCUUCAGUACGGCGACCAGUUCAAGGUUCUUCCGCACUCGCGUAUCCCCACCGACGGCCUGGUCGUGUCUGGCACAACCGAGGUGGACGAGUCGAUGCUCACAGGCGAGACUCUGCCGAUUGUCAAGAAGAAGGGCGACGCACUCAUCGCCGGCACUGUGAAUGGCGACGGCACCGUUGUUGCUCAGCUCACCCGCCUGCCUGGGAAAAACACAGUGACAGACAUUGCCCAGCUCGUCGAAGAAGCCGCCAACUCCAAGCCAGAGCUGCAGGACCUCGCCAACAAAAUCGCCAGCUGGUUUGUUCCCACCAUGGCCGUCGUGGCCAUCCUCGUUUUCGUCAUCUGGAUUCCUGCAGGAAUCAAAGCUCUGGACUACAGCACCGGGAAAGGCGUCGGGAAUGCCAUCACAUACGCUGUAGCUACGCUUGCUGUUGCAUGCCCCUGUGCUCUCGGCCUCGCCGUCCCCAUGGUUCUGGUUGUUGCUGGGGGCAUCGCAGCUAGGGGCGGCGUCAUCAUCAAGUCGGCUGACACUACCGAGGGUGCUCGCAAGACGACCGAUGUCGUCUUUGACAAGACGGGAACCAUCACUGAGGACGAACUCGCCGUCGCUGAGCAGAUCAAUCUGCGAGGCAGCGCAAAGGAGAACGUCACUCUGGCCAAGUCUCUCGUUUCUGGUGGCAAGCAUCCAGUCUCUGCCGCAGUUGACAAGUACUUAGACCAGCAGGCUGUCAAGGCCGUGUCUGGAGUUGUAAACGUCCGAGUCGUUCCUGGCGCAGGCAUCGAGGCAGAUUACAAGAACUCGAGUCUUCGGGCCGGAAAUGCUCGCUGGACAAAGGCCGACUCCGAGGCAGAGGUGGUUCGUCUCCAACACUCUGGCCUGACCACCCUUGUCGUGACUCGGGAUUCAAUCCCCCUUGUAGUCUUUGGCCUCACCGUCAAGAUUCGACCCGAAGCUUCACGCGUCAUAUCCGAGCUCAAAGCCCGCAACAUCGUCGUCCAUCUAGUGUCCGGAGACCAGACCAAAGCGGUCAAGGCAGUUGCCGACUCUGUUGGUAUCCCACCCGAGAACGUUGCUGGACAGCGGACUCCUUCCGAGAAGCGCGACUACAUCUCUGCCCUCAUGGAAGACAAGUCCAAGUACGUCCUGUUCUGCGGAGACGGGACCAACGAUGCCGUAGCCGUCGCGCAAGCCAACGUCGGAGCUCAGAUGGGCGGCGGCCUGACGAGCAGCGACGUGACCCAAGGUGCGGCCGACGUGGUUCUGAUGAGCGGCCUCGAGGGUAUUCCGUUCCUCCUCAACGUCAGCAAGGCCUCUUUCCACCGGAUGGUCUUCAACUUUGUCUGGUCUGGCAUCUACAACCUUCUUGCUGUUACCAUGGCCAGCGGUGCCUGGGUCAAGUUCCGUAUCCCUCCCGCAUACGCUGGGUUGGGCGAGAUGGUGAGUGUCGUGCCUGUAAUUCUCGCUGCCGUCUCCAUGUUGCUCUUGAAGCUUCGUGAAUAGAAUUCAGAAAAUGUUAGGUAGGAAAGUUUAUCUUUUUGUACAGCUCUAUUUUAAGUUAGAUUUACCUCUUUACUUCUUGAUAGUAUUAGAAGUAUUUAUCUUUAAAUUGAAAGGAAUUGUUUAUC